GUUUUUAUUUUAUUUUAUUUUUUUACCAGCUGCUGGUUUUUUCCCUUUUUAAAAACUGCUGUCAUUCUCUCCGUUUACAAAGGAGGGAUCUGCAAAUAGAGACAACCACAGUAAGACAUGUGUCUCUGGGGAUGAUGCUGUUGCCGUUGGUGCCACUCUCCCUGUCGCCAUGACGAUGCCGCUCAGCCCCCUCUCCAGUGACGAGGAGCAGCAAAGGAUGCUGGGAAAGAGUCAACACCUAUAUCCAGGGGCAGAAGAGGAAGAGGAGGAGGAAGAGGAAAUGGACGACGAUGGCGUAGAUGAGGAAGGAGAGGAAGAGAACGGAGAGCUGGAGUUAGAAUACGAAGGGGAGGUGGAUGAUGAAGAUGACAUCAGGCGAGGACCCGGGCAUUUGAGAGGAGGCAGGGAAGAGGGGCACAGGCAAAAAGUCACAAUGGCUGGACGACAACCAGGAGAAAGACAGAUAAGACCUGGCAACAUGGGCCACACAGCCAACCCUUAUGCAUCCAACCCUGGACCUGCCCACCAACCGCCAGCUAAUCAGCAGCAGCAGCGGAAGCUGAGAGAGCGGAGCUCUAGCAAUGCACCUGAUGACACACACAUAGCUAUGAUGGUGUUUCGCAUCGGCAUUCCAGAUAUCAAACAGACGAAGUGUCUGAGGUUCAACCCAGAUGAAACCGUGUGGAAGGCAAAGCAACAGGUUUUGUGUAGUCUAACUGAAUCUCUGAGGGAUGUUUUGAACUAUGGCCUUUUCCAACCUGCUACCGAUGGUCACGAUGCCAAGUUCUUGGAGGAAGAGAGGCCUCUCCGCGAGUACCCUCAAUCCUUUGAGAAAGGUGUACCCUACCUGGAGUUCCGCUACAAAACCAGGGUGUACAAACAGACAAAUCUCGAUGAGAAACAGCUGGCCAAACUGCACACCAAGGUCAGUCUAAAGAAGUUCAUAGACUACAUUCAAGCUGGCACCAUGGAAAAGGUAGCCAAACUUCUAGAUAAAGGGCUUGACCCCAACUACCACGACCCUGAUACAGGAGAGACCCCACUCACUCUGGCGGUACAGACAGAGCCAGGCGGAGGGGAGAACAUCAGGCUGCUGGUGAUGGGGGGAGCUCAUAUUGACUUCAGGGCAAAGGAUGGCUUGACCCCUCUCCACAAGGCCGUCAGAUCACAUGGACACACAGCCUUACUGAUGCUGUUGUCUUUAGGGGCAUCUCCUGAUUAUAAGGACCACCGUGGGCUGACACCACUUUACCACACUGUGCUUAUAGGGGGUGACACCUCCUGCUGUGAGACCCUCCUGUACCACAGAGCCAAGCUGGGGCUCCGUGAUGAAAAUGGUUGGGAUGAGACCCAUCAGGCCUGUCAAAAUGGCAACUCACAACACUUAGAGCACCUGCUUUUUUAUAGUGCGGACUCUUCAUCCCAGAAUGCCUCAGGAAACACUGCCCUGCACAUAUGCGCUUUAUAUAACAAGGAUAGCUGUGCACGCAUACUGCUAUACCGAGGAGCUAACAAGGACACAAAGAAUAACAGUGGGCAGACCCCCUUCCAGGUAGCUGUGAUGUCUGGCCAUUUUGAGCUGGGGGAAAUCAUUAAGAACCAUCGAGAAUCAGAUGUAGUUCCCUUUUUGGAGUCGCCGAAGUACGCCCCCAGGAGGGAGAGUGCACGAACUCUUGGAUUGCCCCAUCCUCACCCCUUCCUGAGGGCCAACAGUGACAACAGCAUGAAUGUGCCUGACUGGAUCGCCUUUCCCAACGCUGCUGGAUCAAAUAUUGUCUCUGUUCAGGGUAUUAAGCACGGCGGCACCCUGCGUAGCUCUAGCAGUCCCCGUGGAGCCCGAACCCGUUCUCCGUCCCGUGGCCGAUCUGGAGACAGAGAUGAUCGGAGCCGGCAAACACGUGGAAGACAAGGGGUGGCCUCCAUAAGUAGUCAGGGCACAGCAAGCGGGCAGCGGCGGCGUCUCUACAGUGCUGUACCCGGGCGCAUGUUUGUGGCAACUCGCUCGCACUCGGCCCAGGGGGACCAUGAGAUCAGCCUCAACAAGGGAGACAAAGUCAAAGUGCUGAGUGUGGGAGAAGGGGGCUACUGGGAGGGCACGGUUCGAGGGCGCACAGGCUGGUUCCCCUCUGACUGCGUGGAGGAGGUUGCACUCCGCAGCUUGGACAAUCGCUCAGAGAGCCGCAGCGAGAGAGCCAAGCGACUCUUCCGGCAUUACACCGUUGGAUCCUACGACAGCUUUGAUGCUCCCAGUGACUAUAUAAUCAAGGAGAAGACAGUUCUUCUGCAGAAAAAAGACAAUGAGGGAUUUGGCUUUGUGCUAAGAGGAGCCAAGGCUCAGACCCCAAUAGAAGAGUUCACUCCCACCCCAGCCUUUCCAGCACUGCAGUACCUUGAGUCUGUCGACGAGGGAGGCGUGGCAUGGAGAGCUGGUCUACGAAUGGGAGACUUCCUUAUUGAGGUGAAUGGGCAGAAUGUGGUUAAGGUGGGACACAGGCAGGUGGUCAAUAUGAUCAGGCAAGGCGGCAACAGCCUCAUGGUCAAGGUUGUCAUGGUUACCCGGAAUCCUGAUAUGGAGGAAGGGAUCAGAAAGAAAAUCCCACAGCAGAGUAAGAGAUUGAGCACACCGGCUAUCGCUCUACGCUCCAAAUCCAUGACAUCAGAACUGGAAGAGAUGGUGGACAGAGCCUCUGCCCCAUGGAAAAAAAAAUCAGAGUUCGAAUCUUCACAAGCUACAGAGAAGAAGAGGACAGUUUAUCAGAUGGCCUUGAAUAAACUGGAUGAGAUUUUAGCAGCAGCACAGCAGACCAUCAGUACCAAUGAGGUUCCAGGGCCCCGGGCUCAGGGGGUAAAAAGAGAACGGGGCAGAGGCUUUUAUAAUGAGCCAAGUUUCGACCAAUCAGGAAUGGGGAUAACAUCUGGGGCUGGGCUAAGCUACGAUCGUGGUCAAUUUGUGUCUGGCCACGGCACCCAGCACGGUAUGCUGCGACAGAAGUCUAUCGGGGUUCCUGAGGAGGAGAAGCAGUUCCUUCAUCCUCCUGCCAUUAAGUUUGCAAGAAGUCUUUCAGUACCUGGCCCAGAUGACAUCCCUCCCCCUACAACAGCACCCCCUGAGCCCCCUUUCUCCUCAGUGCCCCCUUUUGGCUUUAGGGGGAAGACAUCCCAGCAACCUUCUGAUUCUGUGUCCCAAACCACUUCCUCUUCUGCACAUUAUCAGCUCUACUCACAGUCAGUGCACGGCAGGGACAGGUCCCCUGGACCAACGUCUGCUUCUGGAACAGGGGACCAUGCACUCCCUUACUCCCAUGCCCAAGCCCACCCCUCUGUACCAAGCAGGACUGCCUCCAGAAAAGUUAUUGGGUACACAGGAGACCUUGCAGGGGCUGGAGGAGCAACAGGGGCUAAAGCUGCAGCAUUGAGAAGGGGCUACAGUAAUGCCGUCCCACCCACCAGUGUCGCUACUGUGACUCCCCAGCAGCAGACUACGCAGAGCCAACCUUCCAGACUGGAGCGCAGUGCAAUGGGGGGAGGGGCAGGAGGUGUCCUAAAAGGUGGUGCACGGAGAGGGAAGGUGCCCUUGGUCAAGCAGUCAAAGGUGGAAGAUCUUCGUCAGGGCCAGGGCACACUAGAAGGGAAAGGCUCAGUGGAGAAAAGCUCUAUUCCUAUCCCCACCAUCAUUGUUAAAGCCCCAUCCACCAGCAGCAGUGGUCGCAGUAGCCAAGGCAGCAGUGUGGAGGCUGAACCACCUCUUAUAGGAGAGAGUGACAGUUCUAAACCCCAACCUGUUUCUCCCUCACCUGCACCCACUGUUCCACCGCCAGCCCCUCCCUCUACGCCUGCUCCCCCACCCCCAUCACUGCCAUCACAUCGUACUCAAGAGAGUUUGGACUUCACCAGCCAGUUUGGUGCUGCCAUAGUAGGGGCAGCUCGCAGAGAUCGAGAACGAUUCCACGAAGCAAGAAGGAAAAGUGCCUCCUUUUUUCUCUCUACUGAGGAAGAGUUGGGAGGAGCAGGAGGAGGAGGGGCAGGACGGACCCAGACCACCCAACAGCAGCUGAGCUCACAGCCUUCACCUUGCCUGAGACCAUCCAAGUCUAUAGAUGAGGGCAUGUUCUCAGGUGAUACUUUUAUCCACCACACACGCAGCAUGCCUCCUGCCUUUGGCCUGCCUGAGUACUCCUCACCUGCUCCUUCAGGGGACUAUCAACCCAAGUCUGUACCCGCAGACUUCUAUGGGGCAGGAGGCCGACAGCAGCAACACCAAGCCUCUACCACAACAUUUAUUCACCCACUAACAGGGAAAGUUCUGGACCCUUCAUCCCCUCUUGGCUUAGCGUUAGCUGCACGGGAGCGUGCCUUGAAGGAUGAUGGACGCAUACGCAGGGAAAGGACCACAGAACACCACUUUAGCCGUCAGAUGUCCAGCAUUGGGGGCUUCCCCUCAUCCACUGCACAACCCACCUCACACCUCUCCUACUCGAUGGCCUCGUCUUCCUCUACAGCCUCCUCUGCUGCCCAGUCCCCAAGUUCCUCCUCAUAUCUUGUUACCUCCUCUUCACUAGCCGCCACGACUACUUCCACUCGGCCUCCAUCUCCCAGGAUCCUGCGUGGAGUAGGGAGUAGCUGGGGUGAGGAGGCAGGGGUUGGAGAGCGCACAGAAAGGGAGACUGCUGGUACCUCGGCUCCAAGAGAAGGCCUAAGGGUUCGUUUCUCUGAGGAUAAAACCGUCCACACACACCACUACCAAUCUCAGCACUACCAGCCCACCCACAAGGAGCGUGAAAGGGAGCGUCAGAGAGAGAGGUCACGAGAAAGAGAGAGAGAAAGGGAGAGGGAAAGAGAGAUGGACAAAGCUCAGACCCAUAUGCAGCAGCAGUCCACACAACCAACGACUCAUCAACCUCAGCGCCCCUCAUUCUUGAGGAUGGAGAGUGAGGCUGGGGCAUACAUCCUUUCAUUAACACCUCCAUCCCCUCCUCCAACUAUGGUCCCUACCCGUCCUUCAGCUGGAGGAGGAUGUGAAGGUGGAAGUGGCCCAGGACUUAUGGUUCUUCCUCCGCCAGCUCCUUCGGUGGAUGUAGAUGAUGAGUUUGUAUUUGCUGAUCCUCUCCCACCACCGUUGGAGUUUGCCAAUAGUUUUGAUCGUAGUUUAGGUUACUCUGGGAUGAUGUCUCGUAAUGUAACAGCCCGCCAGCAGCUUCAACCUCCUCCACCGCCACCUCCCCCGCCACCUCCCCCCCCUCCUAAAGACUCCUUUAUGACAGGGUUCCCCCCUCACACACCCCUGCCUUCACCUCAGGCAGGGGAUUCUACAACUUCCAGUCUUACUUCCUAUGACAGUGAAGUUGCCAACCUGACCCAGUCAGCCCCGUCUCCCUCUCCAUCUUCCCCUAACCCUCUACCACCUACCUCCCCCUCCACCUUGCAGCCCUCUGUAUUACCUCCACCUCCCUCUGUAUCACCUCCUCCACCACCCACCUCUUACCACAGACCAUUUGGCCUAUCUCAGUCACAACACUUAUACAAUAGUACACACCAAGCCGGACGCUCUUCUUCUCCCACACCACCUUCCCUCUCUAUCCCAGCUCCACCUGCAUACCGGGGGACCUCAACAGCAACAUCCACCCCUGCAACCUCUGUUUCUCUUAGAGGUAACUCCACUGUGACUGCAACCAGUUCCACAAAUGCUACUGCAACUAUCGCAAGGUCCACAACUACUGCUGCCACUGUCACCCAGCACACACGCAUGGUAACUGUCUCAACAGUAGGUACGGGAGGUAGCAUACGACCCAGCAUAGAGCAUCACUCACAAUCCAGUGCAGCUUCCGUCAAGGCCGGUGAGUCCCAGGAGACAGUGGUGGAUUCUGGGAUUGAGGAGCUGGACAGCCGAAGCAGCAGCGACCAUCACUUAGACAGUAUCCUGGCACUCAGUGGGAGUGGGAUAAGAGAGAGGUUGGAGAGAGCAGGCAUGGGUAGCUUAGGUGGAGUUGGAAAGAGAAUAGGGUCAACAGAGGCAGACAGAAUAAGUGGAGCAGACUUUCUAGAAUCUUAUAUGAGCUACCUUGAUGGACAGACAUUUGAAAUGCACAAUGCCAAAGCCGCCAGCACUGCAUCCACCUACCCGAAAACACAGAGGUUCAGAGAAGGUAGUCGGGCUGGAGAUCUUCGAUGGCAAACCAGCACUGCACCCCCUGCAUACCAUCGACGCAGGGAGGAGGAAGAGGAAGAGGAGGAAGAGGAGGAGGCAGAAGAGGGAGAAGAGGAGGAUGUGAAUGCCCGUGAUGGCUAUAGGAUGAGGGAAGGGUCAGGGAUUGCUCGCUCCUCUGUAAUGUACUUUGACCGACCCCACACUCCAGAAUUAAAAUGGGGUGAUGGGUCGGCCGGAGCAGCACAGUCCAUGGGGGACGGAGGAGGCCAGGCUGGAGGGACAUAUGUUGAGUCACGUAAGCUGCAUCCUCCCAUGACCAGUAUGAAGGCAAGCAUCAUCAAUGAACUAAACACCAAAUUACAGCAGAGGAGCAAAGGAAUGGAGAACUGGGGCUCUCAGAGGUCACUGAGCAGACAUAGGUUCUCAGAGGACUCCACAGGUGCACUGAGUCCUCCCUCUGUCCGCUCUACCUCCCCAUCUCCUGUUCACCUGUCUCAGCCUGCUUUGUCUCCCUCUCCCACAACUUCCUCCCAGCCACUCUAUCCAAACUGGGCUCGAUCUCCUUCCCCUCAGCCCCCUGCUGCCUCAUCCCAGCCUCCUCCCCGCUCCCACUCACCUGUUUCUCCCUCAUCGUAUUCACCAUACCCAACGUCACCCAAACACCGGCCUGUGUACCGCACCAAAGCCCUGGAGUUCCAGUUUAUCCCCAGCCGAGAGUCCCGUAAGGCUGAGUCCCAUCAUGCUCAGCGCAGGCGAGCACCCAGCCCACUAAUUUUUCCCUCUGACCGUCCCAAGCUUGGCCCUCCCCGCCCCUCAUCCCUUCCUAUUCUCCCCACCAACCCCCUCUAUAGCAGCCUGUAUGACCUCCGGGGUUCCAUUACUCCACCCUCACCUGCCAACCCCCUCGGAGACCCCUACUUCUCCCCCUCUCCCCCUCUCUUUGCCCCCUCAGGUGCCCCACCACCUCCAAAUUCCUCACUUGUGGUUUCUCGUUCCUUGUCUCCCACCCACUUCCUGUCAGGGACUUCAUCCCCACCACUGCACCCUAUUCCUCCACCCACUUGCCUGAGCUACCCCCACCUUCCACCCCCUUCACCUACCAAACCCUUUGCCUCCAAACCACUUCCAUACUGGACCAAGUACGAUGUGGCUGAUUGGCUGGGCUACCUGAACUUGGGUGAGCACAGGGAGCGUUUUCUAGACAAUGAGAUUGAUGGCACGCACCUGCCCUCUCUUACAAAGGAGGACUACCUGGACCUAGGAGUGACCAGGGUUGGCCACCGAAUGAACAUAGAGAGGGCACUCAGGAGAGUGAUGGACAGGCUGUCUUCUAGCACUUUCCCUGUUUCCGCACUCUCCCCUCGACAUGAACUUAUAGACAGAAGGAGAGAUGAGGCCAACCACAACUGAGAGGACAGGAAAGAUGAGGCGACAACUGCUGACAACAGAGAUUCACUAAAUGGAAGAGAAAAAAUAAACACAAGAGGAGGGGACUUUGAUAUCAACCUGCUAGCUCACAGAUGAAGAAAUAAGAGAAAGUUCAAGGUCUGCCAAACUGUGAACACACCUGCACUUACACAUGUUAUUCAGUCAACUAAAACAUAAACACCACAUGGUACAUACCAACAGAUUAACAGAACACACUUAGUCUGAGCUUGCAGGCACUCACAAGGUAAUCAAAAUGUGAAUGAUCGAAUUAAUCAAAUAUGGAUUCAAAACUAACUCAAUAUGAGAAGGUGAUGUACUACAUAACUGAGCCAAAUAAUUUUGAGGGAAACAAUCAAAACGAUCAUUCGCUUAUAUGGUUUUUUUUUUUUCAGUGGAUCUUCAAAUAGAGAUAGGGAGAAAGAGAGAUAUUGAAACCUCCUUUGCUGUCUUUCUCUUUUUCUUAGAUUUUGAACCGAGUCUGUAUAACUGACACGUUGUACUAUUGGUCUCAUUUUUAGAGCAGGUUCAAUGGAGACUGACGCAGAGAGGGCGAGUACUGACAAACCCCCUGUCUUGCAUGGCUAGGGAAGCCCUUAAAAUAGAAGUCAAUUUAACGGCAGGCACUUAAUUGUGUGUGUGUGUGUGAGAGAGAGAGAGAGAGAGAGAGAGCGAGAGAGAGAGAGAGAGAAAGAAAGAAAGAAAGAAAGAAAGAAAGAAAGAAAGAAUUCAAAGUUCAUCACUAGAGGCAUGACCGUGAUUUGUUGUGUGUUUUUACCUCACCGAUGGAGGGAUUCUAUUUUACCCAAGACAGAUAGGGGCUAGUGCUUAUCUUGUAUUUCAUUACAACUUCUUUACCUUCUCAUGUCUUAUAAUGGAAUUAUAUAUCUAUAUCUAUACAGACUGGUCACUGUAUUAAAAACCCGUAGCAAAAAUAAGUGCCCAGACCAACAGAAUAGACACACAAGCUCUCUAACACAUACAAACACACAUGUACACAGUACAUCCUCAGAGUGCUGAUUCCAACAUACACACACACACACACACACGAAAACACAAACACUGAUACGCAUAUGUUUUAUUUAUAUAAAAAAUAAUGGGACACAGUAAAAUAUAUAUGUAUGGAUUCAAGAUGAAGAUGUUAAAACAUACGCAAAAAAUAUUUUAAAGGAAGAUGAUACAACAUAUUUAUACAGUAUAUAUAAAUAUAUAUAUAUAUAUAUAUAUAUAUAUAUAUAUAUAUAUAUACUGAAAAUGUAUCAACAUUUUUACCACAGACUCUUAAAAUAUAGAGACUGCAACUUCAAUGAACCUCUUAAAGAUACAAAGGCUCCAUUUUAAAAGAGGAGACUACAUGGAGAAGAGGGAGAAGGAGAAAACCAAACUGCCUCUAUUUCUCACCCUCUCUCCUUCCAAAAACACUCUUUCUAUGGAGGCAAGGCAAGACGAACAUGCACUCUGACAUCGGUCAGGGAUACAUGCUAAUAUCUGUUUUAAUACAACUGUUCCUAUAAUGAUUUUUAAACUCUAAAUGGCUCUGGAAUUGUUGAUUUAGCAAGAGACAAUGUUAUUUAUUGCAGUCACUGUUAUCAUCGUCCUUGCUGUUAUCGCUAUGACUGAGCUACAAUGUUUGUUCCUGAGAGAAAAUACUGGAAGUGUUUAUGCUUGAAGAUUUUUAGUUUGUGACCUCAUGCAAUGUGCUCAAAUUGUUGGUACCUCUUGGACUUAAAUUAGAGAAAAGACUUUCAUAUCUAACAAUGUCCCUCACUCUUCUGCUCUUCCCUUCCUACAUCACACAAAAUAUUGUGACAUCACUUUGUAUGCAAGGACUAUCAAUGAAAUGAUCAAAGAUUUUAUUGUGUGUGCAGUAUACACCCUUUACAUUCAUGUUCCCUGUACCUAAAAUUGAAUUUAGUGACCUCCAGCCCUAAUAUACCAUAUCACAAAUAGUUGCUCAAUCAAUUAAAAGGGCUCCUCAUAACAUUACACUUCCUUUUAUUCCUCAUAUUUUCUCUUCCUUUUAAUCGGCUGUCACCUUUACAAUGACUUCACCUUUAUGUUCCCUUCUUACAGUAUCUUAGACAUGUUUCUUUCAGGACCAUCAGUAAAGAUCUCGCCACCUCUAUCUCCUAUUCAUCUUGCAUUUGUUUGUCCUCUAAAUAAAGAGUGGGAUUCAUUCAUCAUGCAUUACAGUGCUCACUUAAUCACUCCUACUGGACAAAAAGAUUGCAGAACUAAUUGUAUUUUUGAUGUUUAAGUGGGGUAAGUAUAGUGACAUUGAGGAUAACAGUAAGGACAAUGAAAGAAAUUAGUUUUUAUGAUUUGAGAUGAAAAAAAAAAUUAUUCCAAGUUUUAAAGAAUCUUUGUCUUCCAAUGUUUAACAUGGGUUUAAUGUGUAAUCAAAUCAUGCUUUCUACAAAUCCUGCUUCCCGUUUUUUCACUUUUCCUGAGUCAUAAUUCAUCGAGACAAUUAGCAGCUGGUCUAUGGAACCAAGGUACAUGAUAAAUAUUCUCAGUUUUUUGUUGCCUGCUGGGUGGAGUAAAGUGUUACGUACUUUUCACCCUCCUGACAGUUCAGUGUCUGAAUAAAAGAUUGGAUCAUUGGAACACAUAAUGCAUGAAAGCUAGCAUAAGGCAUCAACAGCCAAAUUUUUUUUAAAAAGCAAGAUUAUUUAAGGCUCGAUGCUCAUUCUACAUAAGCUUCAAAUCCCAGGCAACAACUAAAAUAACAGUAUUCAACCUUCCACUAGACAUGCUUUGACAUACUGCAGGGUUAUCCAUUAUCAUUCUGAAGUUGUAUGCACAUUGAAGAUCAGUGUG